GUCUUACAAAAUGCUUUCCAAGUCCCUAGCAGAGAUGCUGGCUCGAAACAGCAAACUCGCCCAGACUUAUCAACCACCGCCAGACUUGAAACAGAUGGCUGGAGUCAUGAGGGCAUCUGGAGCCGGUGUUGUGGUCUUGUCGUGCUCUGAUCCACGCCUGAACCCAUAUCAAAUCCUGGGGAUUGACUCUACUCUCAAGGCCACCAUGGUCCGAAAUGCUGGCGGUAGAGCCUUCGAUGCUAUUCGGACACUAGCCGUUCUCCAGACUAUCGGAAACCCUGGCACAAUCGUCGUCAUGCACCACACCGACUGUGGACUUACCCAUUACCACGAUAAGGACAUACAGAAUGCCCUCAUCGAACUCAGUCCGCAUUCGAAAGACUUGAUACAUUCUCUCAAGUUCGGCGAGAUUACCAACGGGGUUGAGGACAGUAUUAGGCAGGACAUUGCGAUUCUGAAAUCGUCUCAAUUGAUCAACAAAAGUACGCAGAUCAUUGGCCUGAAGUUUGACAUCCAUACUGGCCUACUCAGUCAGGUCAGCGAGAAUGCGAGUGAGGCGUGAAGACGACAUGGAUUAAAGAAUGUUCCCUGGAGCAGUUGGAAUGUUCUCGGCAACAAUGGGGGGCAAUAGGUUCGGAGUGCAUGAUUCGCUAAGGCUUCAAUAGCUGAGAUGAAGGCGUGUUGUAUGGAUAGAACAAGUGUGAAUGAGUUUACUGUUGGUCAC